AUGUCAACCCGCCGCUACCGCUCGGCAGUCGCCUGUGAAUCUUGUCGCCGCCGCAAAGUCCGCUGCAGUCUUACGGUCACGGGGUUCCCUUGUAUUGGGUGUGCGCAGGAUCGCGCCGAGUGUGUCGUUGAUGAGAGGAGGAGUUUGGCGUUGAGUAGGGUCCAGGAGCGGAGGGCUCGGCAGUCGCAGUCGCAGCCGCAUUCACCUGGACAUAAUAGAUCUAACGAGGUUGUGCCGUCAUCGAGUCAACCGUUUAAUAACCCGGUUGGUAAAGGAAUUGAGGCUUCAGAGUCACCUUCACAUGCCAGUGACCGGAUACAAGAUGAAGAGCGUAACGGUCUCGAAAUCGCAGCUGCUGCAUUGGGCCAGCCUGAAGGUGUUGGGCAGGUUCCUUUCUACACCGGUGACCAAACCGGCAUAACAUCAACCCUAGACCUCUGCUCCCCCGAACAACAUCUCCCGCGCCACCUCCUCCUCCCUAUGCACAUGCCCGCCUCACUCUCCAACGAAGACAAACAAUAUCUAGCCAAUAAAGGCGUGUUCACGUUACCCGGAAAAGAGGCGUGUGAUAGUCUGAUCCGAGCGUAUUUUCGCCAUGUGCAUCCGAUUAUGCCGAUUAUUGAGGCGGAUCAGUUGUUGGGGGCUGUUGCGGCGGGGAGGUUGGGGGACUAUAAUGUUUUGUUGGUGUGGAGUGUGUUUUUUGUUGCUGUUAAUUUUAUUCCGAUAUCGAUAUGUCAGAGUGAGGGUUAUGAGUCCCGGAAGGCGAUGAAAGCAGCUAUGUAUUCAUGCGCAAAGUCCAUGUACAACCACACAACCGACCGAACCACCCUCCUCCAAUCCUCCCUUCUCCUCGGCUUCUGGCACUCUGAAACAGACCAACACGCCGCCCCCUGGUACUGGACCGGAAUCUCCGUCAACAUGUGCCAAAUCCUCGGCCUCCACCGCAACCCCGACAACAGCCCCAACAACAACACAACCACCGCUGCCACCCGCCGCAAUUCCUCCAUAACAGACCGCCAGCGACACCUCUGGCGACGCCUCUGGUGGGCAUGUUUCUUCCGCGACCGCUGGAUGAGUCUUACGCUUGGACGGCCGAUGAGGAUUGAUCUGAAUGAUUGUGAUAUGCCAAUGGCGAGAGCGGAGGAUUUGUUGAGUGACCUUGAGGGUGUGGGAAGGGAAACGAAGGAGGCGUUUCUGCCGGGGGAUUUGGAGAAGAUGGCGGAGUUUUGGGUGAUGUUGGUGGAGAUGAGUAAAGUGUUGGGGAAGGUGUUGAAGUUGAAUUAUCAGGCGCUGAGGGGGAGGCCGGGGUUGGGGGAGGUUGAGGCGUUGGAGGCGCAGAUAUUAUCUUGUCAGUGUCCGGGUGUGGAUGGUGGCGGUGGGGGGUUGAGUCGGGAGGCGGUUUUUUAUGUCUAUCAUUUGCAGUUGCAUUAUCAAGCGAUUCUGAUCAUGUUCUACCGCCUCUACGGAACCGAAUCACCAGAAGGUCUCCAUCCAGCACAACAACAAAAAUGGCAGCACCGAAUGCGCCGCGAGGCCGAUAUAGCAGCCUCCCGAACAAACGAUAUCCUCGACAUGCUAGCCCAAGAGAAUCUCCUCGAAUUCGCCCUCCCAAUGACCCCACCCCUCCUGAUCCCAGCAAUGCAAAUGCACCUUCUAAACUGCAACUCAGCAAACUCACUCUCCCGACGAUUACGACUGAACAAGCUUAAUAUAUGCAUGAUGGUCAUGGAGGAGUUUCAAAAGGUGUAUACCGUUGCGUCGAUUUAUCGGGGGAUUUUUGCAAAGGCUAUCCAGCAGUUUUAUCCCCGGGAUGCGGGGGUUCUGGGGAUGUAUAGUCCUAUUUGGUUUGCUUUGGAUGCAAAUGCGAAUACGAACGCGGACGCGAAUGCUGGUGAGGGUGUUCCUGCUCCUGUUCCGGCGCCUGUGGCGGUUACUUCUGUUCCUUUUUCUGUUGAUGCUGGUGCUGGUGUUGAGAACAGCCUAUCCGAGGGAGAUGUUAACAUGAACACCGAGAUGACCAGUGAUCUGAUUGAUGCACUGGUUGAUGAAGCCUCUACGUUUAAUUUCUGGGAGACAUGGGGACAGUUAUGGGUUGAUCAGUGA